UACUAGAAUUCAUGGAAAUACAUAUAUUAUAUAAACCAUUGUUUUAACCAAAUUUUUAGUUUAUUUAAUGUUGUGCUUAAGUGGCAAACUAUGGUUUAAUAAAGCGUAAAAAAAGUAAAAAAGUAUUUACAAAUUAAAAUAAAUAUUUUUUAAGGUACUUUAUUACCUUCACCCAAAUCUGUGUACUAGAUAUUUUAGUUGCAAAACGUACAUACUUACCAACAACGCGACAUGAUCAGUGCGCGAGCAUUUAAUAUACAUAUAGUACAUACGUGAGUGAGUGAUCGGUGCGCGUACGAGUGCGCUCGAAGAUGUCGCAGCGGUGUCGUUUUCUGUGUUGCUCGAUCGAUGAAAGACUGUGCACUUAUUUAAAAAAAGAAAAAAAUUAUAAUUAUAACAAACUACUAACUUAUUAUCUACAGUGAUUUGAAAAGUCCCUUGAACGACGUAAACGAGCGUGAUUGCAGUAAGACGCCCACAAAUUCCACAGAAAAUAACAACUCGAAAUUGGCGAAGGAUCGCGAAAAGCAAAAGGAUAAGGCUGAAAAUACUACAAACAACAAAAACAACAACAACACCAACAACAACAACUCAAUGAGUGACCGCCACAGGCGUUAUUAUGGCGGAGGCUUCUAUAGCGGAGCCGGCACCAGCACGGGCCGCUAUCAGAAGAGCUCAACAACAGCCGCCUCGGCGCUCGAUCGAUUGCGCUCGAAUCUAAGCCCGGUUAGCGCCUAUUAUAAGCCGCUAAUGCGCAGCUUUGGCAAGCGUGCCGAUGAUGAUAGAAAAGACAAUGAUAAAGACAAAACUCCCACCGCGUCCGGUUCUGGCAAACAAACGGCCAUCUCCCGCUUUGAAAACAAAUACUCAGACAUCUUGGAUCGUCACCGGCAUCACGACGAUGAUCGUGAUAAAACUCUGGAACCUGAUGAAAACCGUAAUCCACUCGCCAAAUCAGCCACUUCACACCAGCUGUUGGGCGUUGGCCGCCCGAAAUUAUCCUCAAGUUCCUUUAAUGCCGCCGAUCGCAAAGAACGCACCCCAUACCGGCUAGCUAGAAAUAAAACCAAUCGGUAUUUGGGCGACUCAAAUGACAGCGGUUACUUAACCAGCACGAAUGGCAGUCGCGCCGACCACGCGCUGCUCGAUGACAAUUAUCCACUGGAUUAUAGCGCUAGCAGAUAUCGCAGACACCACGAUGUGCCCCGCCAUCAUUUGGAAAACUAUGAGGCUUUGCAGGCCGGCGGCGCAAUGGGCUAUGCACCUGGCACCAGCCGCUAUGGACGCGGUCCCGAUUAUGCCGCUGGUUACAAUGCGCGCAGCUAUAGAAGUCGUGAUGUCCACGAUGAUUAUGACACAGCCAGCGGUAGCUCGCGACGAGCGCGUGGUUACGGACGUAAUAAGACCUCCGAGAACUUACUUUCGUCCGCUAUAGACACAACGCCUAGCGCGCAUUCGUCAAACCGUCCAGACCACGACGAUUACGGUGUACCAAAUUCGCGUAAUCGUUUUGCUAAUCGGCGCAGAGAAAAUUACACGCAACGUGCGCCGCCACCCAGAGAAGAAUUAACGGAUGAAGAUCGUGAAAUACUAAAUGAUGAACGCUCAUCGGCUGAUAAUGCGGCGAUCCUACUGCUACUCAAGGAGGAUAAUCAGUUCUUGGAGGCGCGUAAAUUUGAAGAGCGCAUGCGCCGACGCAAAGAGCUUAAGGAGCGCGCGCUGCGUUAUGCGCAAGAAGAUGCCGCCGCAGCUGCAGCUGAGCAAAUUAAAGCGAAAAAGAAGCAGGAGAAGGAGAAGGAGAAGGAUGCCGCAGACGAUGCGGAUGCUGCGUCGCCAAAGACAAGUGGCGCGUCAGAUGCCAACUGCAAUAAUGUGGAAAGCAACGCGAAAGCUGUGGAAGCAACGCAGAAGGCAACAAGCAAACCUAAAAAAGUAGCUAGUCCAAUUUCUGAUAGUGAUAGCUCUGAGGAGAGUAGCUCUGAAGAGUCUGAUAGCAGUAGUCAGGAGGCUAAGUCCACAAACCCUACCCCGUCUAGCAGUACUACUACUACCACCACUACAACUACAACUACACCAGCAACCAAAGACACACAAGACGAUACGAAAACCACAACAUCCACCAACCUCAGCACAAUCAAACCAACCACAACCACAACGUCUAAAUCGACACUAUCAGCAGCGAGCACAGCCUAUGGCAGCUCGGCAAAUUAUUCAGCUACAGCUACAGCCUCACUGCACGCUGAUCGCAACAAUAAUGACCUCUCCAAGUAUAGGCCGACCGCUGGGCCCAUCUUCAAAUCGAACGGUCUCAUGCAUUCGUCCAGCUCUGGCGCCUUGGCGUUCGGCGGCAUCAGUGAACGUCUUGCCGCUGGCCGUACACAACGCUAUCAACCCGCUGCAACUUCGCGCACUGCAGCGCUAUUAGCUGAGUUGGACAGUGUGGGCUCGCCGGCUGAUGGCGGUAUCGGCAGUAGCAGCAGCAGCAGCAGCAGCAACAGUCGUUAUCAGCAGCACAAGAAUCUGCUGCUGAGCGAUUCAUACAAAUCAUCGUACCUUUUCGAUCCAUAUUAUUCGUAUGGUAGCGGUAGUGGGUCCAGCGCUGCCAGCAGUCGGCGUGCUGGUGCUGCUGCUGCGUUCUCGUCGUCAUCUGCUUCAGCCUAUCAGCGCCAGCAAAUGCAUGCGUAUCAACAGCAACAGCAGCAGCACCAACAAUAUCAGCAGCAUAUGUUGUCGAAGAGCGCCACAAGUGCGGCACUCUUUCAGCGAUCGCGCAUUCCAAAAACCCUCUCUGCCUUUGUAAGCUAAUCGAUUUGUAAUUUGUGUGAAUUGAAUUUUUUCAUUUAGUUUAACGCAUAUUUAAAACGAUUUUUCUAAGUUUUUUGUUGUUAUGACAUGGCGUGUUGGAAGUUGCUUGCUUAGCUGCUGCAUACCUAGAGCUGUGUGAUGAUUACAUGUGUGCCUCCAUCUGCCGUGUAUGAGUUUGCUUGCUUGCUUGGUCCUGCUCGCUUUCCAGCACGUGGCGGCGCCUCCAAAAGUUUUAUAACCUAGCAAAUGAGCUUUAAAGUCUUAAGUGAGGGGAGCGGUAUGCUUGCGCAUGAGUCUGGGGAAAGGGUAACACAGUCAGGCUUUAGGAAGGUUAGUGUGAAAGAAGCAGAACAAAACAAUUCGAUACAAAUAACUUGUCUAAAAAUAGCUUAAAAUCUUUAGGGGAUUCACAAAAGACGUGUUAACCGUUAGUAUUUUUUUUAACUAAAACAAUCAUUAAAAUAGGUUUAAAGGAUUUCUAACUACACCGAAAUGUUUUUAAACUGAUAAAAAUUAUAUAAUCUCAAGUGUGGGUGCGGUGUCCGAAAUUCCUCAUUUGUACAGCUCUUAUUUGCUAUACAGUAAAACAUUCAAAUCAUAAACAAUUGAAACAUAUUACACUUACUUUACAUCCUUCAAAGUAUAGUCAAAACUCGAUAAUCUGAACUAAUGGUUGCAGACUCAAUUCGGAUUAUAGAAACAUUCAGAUUAACGGAUUGUUUUAAUUUAUAAGAAUUAAUUAAAGAAAAUAGAAUUUGCUAAAGGCGGUUCGAGCUCAGUUUGGAAACACUUGCUACUGUAGCAGGUUUUUAUAUUCACAUAAAUGCUGAACUCAACAAAAAAUCUUAGAAAAUCAUGGCGUUCAGAUUACAACAUCGUAAUCAGUUCGGAUGGCAGUCAGUAUUAUAAAAAUGACCAAACGAGUUACCGAUAUUUAGGAUUAUGGUGUAUUCGGUUUAUCGAGUUUCGCUUAUACCUGCAUGAAUUUUAAAUUGAUUUAUUUGUUUUAUGUAUUUAUUUAACAUUUGAUUUCUCUUUUAAAUUAUUUACGAGUAUAAAUGUACUUUCAAAGUUAUUUUUUAACUCUAAAUCCAUUUAUAUGUAAAUUAGGGUGAUUCAAGAACCCCAACAUAAUUAUGGUUCCCUCUAAAAUAUUAGGGCGCGAAAUUCAAAUUCAGUCGUGUGCUGGAGCGCGUUGAAAAUGCCUGUAAAAUCGAUCGAUGUACUUGUCUCGACGAGACGAUUUUUUGUUCGCAAGUUCGUUGACCUCAAGUAACCUGUUCUAGUACUUAACCGCCAGAUCUCAGUUCCUGCUUAACGUACCGCACUAAUAUCAGUAAUAUAAUUUGCUCGUCAAAAAUCGUUAAACUUUUUCUAAAGUACUAUUUAGAUUAGAAGGCAAUUUCAUUUUUAACUGAUUUCGAAAAAGGAGCAGGUUAUAUUUUAUUUUUUCUUUUGUCGAACGUAGGUAUCCACUUUUUUCAUUUUUCGUCAUAUCUUCGGCAUUUACAGUCGAAUCUUAAAGUUUGAUAUUAGUUAGUGCGAUUAAUCAAUUAAUCGAUCAAGCUGAUUAAUCAAAACCUGAUUAAUAAACUAAUCAAAGAAUAAUAAUUUUUGAUUAAUCGAAUGUGAUUAAUUUCUCGAUUAAUUAAAUUUUGAUAAAUCAGAAGCACAUUUGCUUUCAUAAUUUCUAUAGAUAUAAUUUCAAAAAAAAAAGAUAUGUUUACAUGCAAGCAAAAUUCUUGAAAAGAAAUAAUGCAGUACGCUUAUGUUUACACAUUUUACUAUAGACAGAGGCUAUUUAUUGAGAAAACACAACUUUCACAGGUUUUUCCAACACGUAACAGCUCACGAAUAUUCCUCAUUUGAGCGAAUAAAUUUUGAAAUAAAUAAAAUUUCAUUUUUUUUUUUAUGAAACGCCAGACAGUUCUCUUAACCUCUUAGCAACCGCUUGAGCGAUUGAAAUCUCCUACAUACUAACAUGUGCAUUUCCGGUUUUACGGCAACUGUAUUAUUUGCAAUGUUGCAUGUAAUAACAAUUUACUUAAUUUUACUUACUGAAAUAUUUGCCGUUACUUAAGGUUUCACUGUUAUCCUGAUUGUACUAAAUGUUAAAGAAAUAAGCAACAAAUUUUCUCAGCUUCUCAUAAAAAUGCAAUCGCCGUUCGGAGUCGGCGUAAAACUGUAG